AUGACAUUGUCUGGCUCGUCCGUCACUGCGACUCUUGCCACUGUGAGCGUGUUUAUCCAACUCCGAACUGUACAUCCUGAAUGCCCACCACCACUUCACAAGGCUCUGGCAGAUAGCCCAGCCGAGCGUGUUCAGCCAUUCCUUGCAGAAAUUGUAUCAACGAGUUUUGCGUAUAACUCGAGUGGACAGUCCAAGGCGGGCCGCAGUGGCCAGCUGGUGUUCCUGUGUUGUGGUGUAGAACCUCCAUGGACGUGUAGACUGGGGGACGGGUUCACGAUAGACAGUGUGGAGGUGAGAGUGCUGGAGACAGAAGACUCGGUGGAAGCGGUUGUGUCUCUCACUAGCCUGCUGCCUGCGGAUGUCACCUGUGGUUACCUGCAGAUAGCUGUCGAGCCGGUAGCCAAGGAGGGAAACACUGACAAGUUCAUUUCUCGGGUAGAUUUUGAAGAGCUGAAGAUGACAUCUUUGAAGGCUCCUCUGGUCGAAAGGUUUGAUUAUAAACAAGACCGGAGCCUCGCUCAGGCUAAUGUUGCCAGCAAAUUCCACAAGACGGUAUGUUUAAGGCGACAGGACAGCCAAUUGCGGCCAACUAAAGUGGUUACAAUUGCCCGAGCAGACUACACAAACUCUCUGAGAACAGCAAACGUGGUGCUCAGGCCGGGCAAGAACACAGUUACCCUUAGAGCUAAGACUGAAGAGCCUGGGAGUUACAAGCUGAGUCAGCUGUGUGUGGGACUGCCAGGGUUAGAGUUCUUGUCGGAGUGUAUCAAGCCGAGGCUCAAGUACCAGGUGGUGGAUAUGCCCAUCACUACCAGACUUAUCAAGGGAGAGCAAGAUCUGUUGGCAGGACUGGCUCAGACACUUGUCAUCAACAUACACACGGGCAGUCGUCACAUAUCCCAGAACUCAGUGCUGCGACUGCACACAACGAUGGGCCUGACACUGCAACUGACUGAGUCCGACGCACCCAGCCGACAGCUGGACAUUGCUCUCCCUGCCGCAGCUCCUUUCAAGACCUUGGAGUUGCCGAUCAUUGUGUUCGCUCAGCUACCCCCCACUCGAGACGGCUCUCCUAUAGAACAUGUGAUCGGGAUGAGGUGUCCUUGGGCGGAAGAAGAGAAGCCGUUGCUGCUGCAGUUCCAGCCACCGUUCUUGACAACGUCGCGCUUACACACUGCCUUCCUGCACAAGUUUAUCCACAUUUCGGUGGUGGGGCUGAGCCCUCAGCCACUGAGACUGCAGGAGCCGCAGCUGGUCGCCACCUCGACGUGUCCUGUCCAGCUGGUCUCCCACAAUCCUGUGUCUGGCCAGCACCUGGUUGUCAACGCUGAGAAGCGAGUCGCGCUGAUGUGGGAGUUACAACCAGAUGACUCGCCCAGCACACCGACUAUACACACAGAGUUUUCCAUACAGUACCGACCACUUCAUCUCUCCAGACCCUUCGUCACGUACAGGUGUCCCUUCGACAUUAUCAAUUAUAAGACACUGUUUGUGGUAGAAGCCAGGGUAGAGCCCACCAAGGGCAGUGAGUUCUGCCGCGCCAGCACUGUGUGUCACCUGCACAUCUGUGUACAGCGAGUGUGUGCCAGCUCGGACACUAGCCUCAUGUACGAAGUGUUAGCUGACCAGACCAUGUGGGCUAUUUGUGCCAAAACCGCAGGGGUGAUCAGCGUUGAGACUGGUGAGAGGCAGUCCGUGACGUUGGAUGUCAUGCCACUCAUCAAUGGCUACCUCCCACUACCUCUGGUGCGUCUCUCCAAGUACAUCCCGGCUGUGUCCUCCACUCGAGGACUUCAAGGUGAUUCUCAUCCAAGACUUGAGCCCUUCUCCCCAGGACAGGUGUAUAAUGGCAGCAAGGAAAGUCAGGUCCAUGUCAUUGCGGCGGCCACCACAUAGCAUCCAGAGAAGAAAUGAGGAAGUAGCAGUGGAUUUGUAGGUUUGAGGGCAUGGUUUGCGCUGUGAUACCUGCAUCUCCUCCACUUGGAACUCAUUAGUACAUAUUUUAGUUAUGUAGUACUCGCCAGCUAGCUUGUGUAUAUACUGUACAUUUUUUCAUAUAAAUAAGAUAAACGUUUUGUAUAUAUAA